CCGCCAUCUUUAUCCCGGGGGGGCGAUGGCGGCGGCGGGCAGCGGCUGGUGGUGGUGGUGGCGGGCUCCGAGCGCCGCGGAGGUGCUGCUGGCGGCGCUGUGCUGGCUGUGCUGCCGCUGGCUGCUGCGGCGGAGGCCGAGGCUGCCGCCGGGGCUGCCGCCGGGCCCCGCGCCGUGGCCGCUGCUGGGGAACCUGGCGUUCGCGCUGCUGCCGCCGGCGCUGCUGAGGCGCUGGGCGCCCCCCGCCGCCUCCCCGCACGUCUUCCUGACCGGGCUCACCCGCGUCUACGGCGCCGUGUUCCGCCUCUUCGUGGGCAGCCGCCCCUGCAUCGUCCUCAACACCUUCGCGGCCGUGCGGGAGGCGCUGGUACAGAAGGCGGAGGUGUUCAGCGACCGCCCCGCCGUCCCCAUCGUCCUCAUCAUCACCCGCAGCAAGGGUGUUAUCUUUGCACCAUAUGGCCCUAUCUGGAAGCAACAGAGGAAAUUCUCUCUCUCAACACUGCGUCACUUUGGAGUAGGAAGACUCAGCUUAGAGCCUAAAAUCAUUGAAGAGCUCAAGUUUGUAAAGGAAGAAAUGCUGAAACAUGGAAAGGAUCCAUUUAAUCCUUUUCCAGUCAUUCGCAAUGCAGUGUCCAAUGUUAUCUGUUCUAUGGCCUUUGGCAGGCGUUUUAACUACGAAGAUGAUGAGUUCAAGACAAUGCUGAAGAACAUGGCCCGUGCACUAGAGCUAAGCAUGAACAGCUCUAUGAUGCUGGUCAAUAUCUGCCCUUGGCUCUACUACCUUCCCUUUGGGCCUUUUCGGGAACUUCGGAAAACAGAAUUGGAUAUUACUGCUUUUUUGAAGAAAAUAAUUGCACAGCACAGGGAAACACUGGAUGCAGCAAAUCCCAGGGACUUCAUUGAUAUGUAUUUCAUCCAUGCAGAAGAAGAAAAGAAUAACAAGGAAAGCAGUUUUAAUGACGACUACCUGUUUUUCAUCAUUGGUGAUCUCUUCAUCGCAGGCACAGACACUACAUCCAACACAAUCCUGUGGUGCCUGCUCUACAUGUCUCUCUACCCAGAAGUACAAGAGAAGGUUCAUGCAGAAAUUGAAGCAGUUCUAGGAUGUGACAAAGUUCCCUCUCUUACCCACAAGACUCAAAUGCCCUUCACAGAGGCAACCAUUAUGGAAGUGCAGAGGAUGACUGCAGUCGUUCCCCUUUCUGUUCCUCGGAUGGCUUCAGAAACUGCUGUGCUGCAGGGAUAUACUAUUCCGAAGGGCAGUGUGAUCGUGCCCAACUUGUGGUCGGUGCACAGAGAUCCUAACAUUUGGGAGAAACCAGAUGAAUUCCAGCCAUCGAGAUUUCUGGAUGAAAAUGGCCAGCUAAUUAAGAAAGAGUCAUUCAUUCCUUUUGGAAUGGGUAAACGUGUGUGUAUGGGAGAGCAGUUGGCAAAAAUGGAACUGUUCCUAAUUUUUGUAAGUCUAAUGCAAAGUUUUACCUUUUUGUAUCCUGAAAAUGCUGCAAAGCCAUCUAUGGAAGGAAGGUUUGGUUUAACUUUAGCUCCAUGUCCAUUCAAUAUAAUAGCUUUGAAGAAAUGAUAUAACAUCAAAAAAGAUUAAAACAAAGAAAUACUUUGCUAUUAAAAUCCAGCUUUGUUUUGUUUCCAUCUUAUUCUGUUAUUUUCUUUCCAGAAAAACACCAGCUGCACAGACUUUCAUAGUUGGUGAGAAUGAUCCAUUUACAUUUCUGGAAAGAGAUUUUUAUUUUUUUUGUAUCAGCUGCUACAUUCCACAAAUGGACUGACAGCAUAGUUUGCAAUUUGAUAUUAAAAAUUGCUGGUCUUAACCCCUCUGUCUUUAAGCUAUUACUAUCAGUUUGUCAAAUAUUAAUUAUGGGAGAAUGGUCCAAAACAUCUGUUAAUGCUUUAGCAAAUAGUAAUUGUAAUUUUGGUAAAAGCAGUACAUAAACAUUUAAUUUGCCAGAUGAGCGAAGGAUAUCACCUAAUACAAAAAGGAUUAAUGAAUGAGAGAGUAAUUAGCAUUUUCUAUGUUGAAGCAACAUUAUAACUGAGCUUAAAAAAUGACAAAUACUUUUUGUAAAUGACUGAAUUGCACUUCUUGUAACCUCAGAGGAUUCUUUCUUGCAAGUAAAUCAUAGGUGUAGAUUGGAUCGAAUCAGUCUGAAUUCCUGUAUCCAAACAUUCUUGACUAUCAAAGCUCGCUAUAAACAAGCAGGCAUCAACUCUUAAAAAUCCAGGCUUGGAAACCAAGUAAAUCCUUGAAUGUGCCAUGUUUUUAACAUAAAAGCAGUUUGCAGUGUCUGGAUGCUUAUAUUUUAUCUCAGAAUAUGAAUGAGAGCAGAUUUCUCUAACAAGAAACAGUAGAAAUCUGUUCUCUCUGCUACCAAGCAGAUACUGAAGACGACAUCUGUGCUGCCACUUUGCAUUUGCUGUUUUCCCCAUGAUAGCGGUGGCAUCUUGUUUUCUGGCUGCAGUCUGGAUGAAACCAACAGCCUGCUCAUCAGAGAAGACUCUACAUGCACAAUCCUGAAGUUCGGGCUUGCACUCAGGUCUUGAAUUUACAAGCGCCAUGGCCAGUACUGCUACAACCUGUUUGGCUUUGGGAACUGGAGCCUUCAAAUACAGCAUGAAUAAGGCACUACAGGUGUAGGUCUUAGGCACUUAGGCAUGGAACGUGAGGAAUCUGACAAAAUUGAGGUUUGCAUAUAAAGGCUUUCUGUCUGUUACCUCCCAUAUGGUGUUAAAAGAUCUCUAGUUCAUACAGUAUCAGUGUAUCAGUACCUUAUUCUCUUCACACUGAAAAUUUUAGUGCUGUUGAUCAUUAUCAAACCAAUUGCCAGGAAAGCCUGUUCAUAGGCAUUUCAGAAGGGGGCGCUCAAUCUUGUCUCUUAUUUGAAGGACGUGUAAAGUGAUGUUUUGGAGGACAUGUAACAAUUAACUUCUAAAUAAUUGUUCUUAAUCAUCCUUAAAUCUCUUUAUACGUCUUUUGAUCUAGCAGGAUUCCAUAUCAGAUGUAAUAAGUACAUGUGUACUCUUCUAAGGAAACACUGGCUUCCUAAUGUCAAACUCACAAGACUGGAAUGUGACCUUGACUGUAAAGUGGAAUUAGAUAUUCUAUAGCAGAAACUAAACCUAAACUCCAAAAGAAGAGUCUCUUCUUCAGCUUUAAAUUAAUCUCUAGUUUUGUCACUUUUUAACUUGAAGUUUUAAAAGCCAGGUAGUGCCUAGCAAAGACUGCAAGAUUGUUAAUUUGGAUUUAAAUUAAGGUUUUCUGUUAGCUGUUUUGAACAACAGAGUGGUUUAAUUUCUGAAUGACCCAUUUGGUUGGUCAGAUAUCCCGCGGUUUGUGAGAGAUCUUCCAGUUCUUACAUAGGCUAACUUUUGACUUAACAGGUUAGCCAAUGCUUAUGUUAUUUUUUUCCUUUGUCUGAACUUUUUGAAAAAUAAUACCAUAAUGAAAAGUUGAAUUUUAUACUGCUGCUGGUAAACUUGCACUAAAAGCUGAUGUUAUUGGAGUAAUAAGCACUUAUUUCUUUAACUUUCUAUUUUUCCAAUGAAUAAAUAGCUUCUGUACAGUUGGGAUUUUUCUCUGAAAAAAUCUUAUUUAUAUAUGCUUAAUUGCAAAGCUAAAAUUAAGCGUUGAUAGUGUUUAUCUUUCUGUUGAAAUGCCUGUUUAAGCAACAUAAUGUUGUUGGUGUGCAACUGAUCACUUUAUAUAUAAUACUUGUCCUUUUAACGAAUGAGGACACAUUUGAAAAGCACUUUAAUAUGUUUUAUUUUACAGAGUCCAAAGAAGACGCAAUUCAUGUAAUUCCCUAGUAUGUGGGAUUGUACAUAUUUGUGCUCAUUUUGCCGGCUGGGUUUAAAAUGUCACUUGAAAAAUAUCCUUCAAAAAUUGUCCUUUUACAAACAGUAUUUUGAGAUGUGGUUUUGGGUAAUACCUAUAAUCAAAUGCUGCAUAGUGUGACAAGCUAAAAAUAGUGAUGUGAAGGUGCAACUAUGUCAAUGUCUGUCAGAAUGCAGGGUGCUCUUGAAAUGCCAGUAGUAAUGCCUUUCAUGCCUUCCAGAUGUACUGAAAUUUUCACAGGAUGCCAUGAAAGUAGCUAAACAAUAGCAUAAAAGCAACAAAAUGUUUGUGGUAUUACAAAUAUGUUGCCAUCUCUGGUAAACUAUAAGUAGUGUUGUAGCAGAUUUGGUUUGUGUUUGUCAAUGUAUCCUUCCCCUUCCUUUUCUUAGCAGAGGAAGCAUCUCAAUUGCCUUACUGAAAAAUGUGUGUUUAUAGAAUUGUAUAGCUAUUUCUGAAUGCUGAGGAUGUCUUUAUUUCUAAAAAUGACUUCAGACUUUGCUUCAGUGUAAUUUUAUUUUUAAUAAAGUAAU